AUGCCUGAGUUAUGUCAAAACUUUGUCAUUUGUAUUUGUUAUUUGUAUGUGUUCCAGUUCCGAGGCGCGGGCACAACUGCCGGGUCCAGAAAAAAGCUGCCCGAGGUUUCAUGGCAUUGCGGCCUUGGUUGCCAUGGUCUGGAGGUCGAAGGCAUUCCUCUCGACCGAUAUCUUGACCAUUUCACCGGGCUGGGAAAGCAGGAGCAGCAUGAGGUGAUAAGUCGUGUCAUGCAAGAAGCAGAGCAAAGCACAUCUUCCGGAGCCAAGGCCGGAGUGUGCAACCGGAAGGUGGCACGGAUUGGCGUUCUGUCUUGGAACGUUGGUGGCAUUAGCGACCACCGAAAGGACCAAGGAGCUGGCCUGGAAGAGGAAGCGCAGGCAGCCGUUGCAGAUGUUCUGCAGGCUGCGGUCGCCAAGCUGGGCGCAGCAGACGUGAUAGUUGUUGGGCUGCAGGCCAGUGCGAGAUUCACUUUUGUGUCAGCUCCGUCGUGUUGCGUGUGUGCAGGGCUUGGAAGCUGGCAUCGUUCUUCCGUGUUCUUGAUACACCGUCCUGCCGUACCUCCUGCCAGUCCUGCCGGCAUCCCCAAUCAAGUUUGGAAUUGGCGAGGAUGCCAGGUGCGAUACCAGGUUCUGGGAGAAAACAACACUGGGCCAAGUUGUCUCUUGCUCCACGGUUUGCUGGUCAACGCGGAUCAUUGGCGUCGCAACUUGCCUGACUUGGCCAAGGCAGGGCUUCGUGUUUAUGCACUGGACUUCCUGGGCAGCGGCUACACUGACCGGCUAGAGCCCUGCAGUCCUGAAGCUGCUGCCGUAAACGGGGAGCGUCGAAGAAACUUGAGCGUCGUGGACACCGAGCUUCUUCGAGGUGGAGGGCGCCGAGAAGUGGUUUCGGUCCCGCAGCGACAUCCCCUCGGCUCCGUGUACAACAUCUACACUUGGAGCGAGCAAGUCUGCGACUUCCUUGAGGAGGUUGUGAAAGAAGAUGCCUUCCUGAUUGGCAACUCUCUUGGCUCGCUGAUUGGCUUGCAAGCGGCUAUUGAUCGCCCAGAUCUUGCGCGCGGAGUCUUGCUGGUGAAUCCUCGAUUUCGACAGGAGCACGUGGCAGAGGCUCCUGCCGUGAUCAGGCCUUUCAUUGAACUCGUGCAGAGCCUGCUGCGGGAAACGUUCGUGGGCCGGUCUCUCUUCAACCUUUUAGCCAACAAGAACGCCGUGAAAGAAAUUCUCAAAGAGCCGUAUUACGACUCGUCCCAGGUGACUGACGAACUGGUUGAUGUUUUGCUGGAGCCCCUCUUGCUACAGGGUGCGCCGGAAUCGGUUUUCGAUACCUUUUCGUACUCCACGGGGCCGCUCCUGGAACAGCUCCUGCAGGAUUCUCGUUUGGCUGCUCCCGUUUGGGCAUGCUGGGGAGACAAAGAUCCCUGGACUCCGCUGCAGCGCGCCUCGGCCCUGGGCGAACUUUCUUCGGUGAAGCGGUUGAUCGAGUUUCCAGGAGUUGGGCACUGCCCUCAUGACGAAGCACCCAAUGUGGUGAAUGCGUUGAUUCUAGAGUUCACCCGCAAUGAGAUCAUCAGCUUGACGCCCUCCAAUGCUAUGAAGGGCACGAGCAGCUUCAAGGAAUCUCGCAAGAACCAGACCUUUUAUGGCUGGCCGGAGACCGUGGCGCAAUGGGUGGAGCUGCUCCUAGGCGCCCUGAACUCACGGCCUUUGCCAGCCGGAAAGAGUUUCUGCUCCUCUGACCACAGGGCCUACGUGCUGUAUGGCCAGCCUGUGUACCUGUUCGGCCUUCUGCUUUGUGUGUUUUGUCCAGCACACCUGCUGAAGCACAUUCGUGACUUCGGCAUGGCAGAGAAGCCGAUGGACCCCAGGAUCAAAUCAGGCUCCAAAGGCGCCGUCGCGUGCCGCUUCGUUCUCUGGGACCGGAGCUUCUGCUUCCUGAACUGCCACUUGGCGGCGACCACCUCAAACUCAACCAGGUAUGGCUUGCGAGAUCUGAAACAGCGCCUCCAGCAACUGGAGCAGUGCUGGACAGAGAUCAAGUUCAAGUCGCUUGUGAACCAGAUGGUGUAUCCAGUUCCUGCUCACCGGGCGAUUUUCCUGAUGGGGGACACCAACAUGAGGCUAGUCAACAGGGAGAGCAAGAAGGACUUCCACGCUUAUGCGUUGCAAGCCCUGAGCAAGCCGGAAGGCUACAAGGAGCUGUGGAAGUUGGAUCAGCUGAGCCAGGAGAUGGCGGACUCUCCCCAGCCGUCGCUCUUCCCGCAGAAGAGCCUCGGAUGUCUCAGUGUUCCCCACGAACGCCUGCUGUCCCAGUGGCGUGAGCCCUUCUCCGACGCCCAGCAGGGCCCGCCCUUCCCUCCAACUUUCAAGCUCGCAGUGCCAGGCCCCGGAUUCAGCAAGAAGCGGGUGCCGGCCUGGACAGAUCGAGUCCUGUUCAGCGGAGAGCAUGCGGAGCCUUUGAAGUAUGGCUCCGUGGAGCAGAUCCAGGUGCUCAACCCACCACACAACGUCUCGGAUCAUGACCCAGUGUAUGCGUUCUUCGAGGUGGAGUGCAUGGCCAUUCAUCCGAGGCGGCUCGGCACGCUGGCGCGGGAGGUGCGAAGCGCGACAAAGGAGCCGAGGGAGGAGCCGCUCGCGCGAAGUCCAACCACGCAGUUGCAAGUGCUGCAGCAGGAUCAAGCCUUUGGCGGUGGCAUGCUGGCUACAAAUCAGCCCGACAUCGAUGAGAUUUCGAGGAAGCUGUACGAGCAAGUAACAUCGCUGCGCUCCUACUGA